AUGCCUAUCAGCAGAGCCGCGUUGGGCUUCUUGGGCCUGUUUUUCAUGGCCAGCUCCAUCCUGCUCAUCUUCCUCACACUGCUAGGCGGUGCUCGUAACUCGAACCCGCUGAACCAGAUCUACUUCCUUCAGGCGGAUACAAGCAACAUUCCAGGGGCUCCAACCACCUCGCGCUGGACCUUCUGGAACGUAUGCAGCGUGACGGAUAGUGGCCGGAACGACUGUGGUAGCUCGCACCCCGACUUCCCAUUCGACCCGCCAGGAUCCAGCAACUUCGGCACUACCGAUAAUGUGCCUCAUCAGUUCAUCGGAUCCAAGCACUACUACUUGACUUCCCGGUUCAUGUUCCCCUUCAUCAUCAUUGGACUCUUCUUCGCUGUCGUUUCGCUCUUCACUGGCCUUCUGGCUAUGUGCACUCGCAUUGGCAGCUACAUCUCGGGUUUCGUCGCGUGGCUUGCUCUGACUUUCCAGGUCAUCACAACUUGUUUGAUGACUGCUGUCUUUGUCCAGGGUCGCCACGCCUUCUCGAGCAAUGGCCAGGUCUCCAAGCUGGGCGUCAAGGCUUUCGCCUUCAUGUGGACUGCCAGCGCAUGCCUAUUCCUUUCUUGCCUAUGCUACUGCCUCGGUGGUGCAGUUGGCCGCAAAGACGGUAGUGGUUACAGUGGACGCAAAGAGCGUCGCCGUGGUUUCUUCUCCUCCAACCGUUCCAACAGCGUCCGCAGCGAGAAGAGGGGGGAGGACAUCCCACCUACUACCAACUACGCGUAA